GCUCGGGAGCACGCUUCGUCUGAUGACGAAAACGAGGAUCCUGAUGCAGACCAAGCUUUGCGAAAGGUGCUUUUCGAUGUGGGACCUGAAGCAGAUCGAGCAGGUCCUGUGAGUCCAACCCGGCGUCGACGGAGCCGGCAAGCUUCUCUAGGCGGCCAUGGAACUGUGUGUGUUCCCAUCAAAGCGGGCUUGACCGAGCAGCAGGUUCAAGGGCUUCGAGAGGUCUUCGGGCUAUUUGAUCCAGAAGCGUCCGGAGAGGUGCAGCCCGGCGACAUCCGCCGGGCGGCCGAAGCGGCGGGCCUCCAAGAAGAGGCUCCUGAGGUUUGGCGGCUGCUGGCCGGUUUGGAAUGUCGCGACAGUGUGGAUUUUGAGGAUGGCCAAAGACCGAUGGCGGACUCCGAGCCGCCGCGGCUGCCGGUGGUGCUGGGGUCCGGCCGGUGGUGCUGGGGUACCCUGAAAGCGAGGGACUUAGAGAUUCCAAGGCGAACUGGCGCUGAUGAAAUAAGGAGGGAGAGGACAGAGAAGGCCAAGAAGCCUGACAUCGAGGCCGGCGAGGCGGAUGAGAGCAACAUUCCCGUUGAAAGGCAAGCGACCAACCGCCGUGCUCAGAAGGGAGUAGUUUCAAUAGCUUUGAACAUGACUCGUGGAGGCAUCCUCAAAUGGUCGUCUUCAAGACUGGAGGAGAAAGGUAACUUUUAUGUGCAGGGCGGCCGUCACAAUGUAGAGUCUUUAAAUGAAAAUUGGCUUGACAAGGAGCUCCUUGAUAAGCUGCUCAAGGACAUCAACCGUUUGGGAGACAAUCUUCAUUUGUUUGAAAGAGAGCCUUACGUGCUCUGCGAGAACGAGAAGUACUGUGGUGUUGGCUGCUUCGUUGUCACCUUGUGCCUCAUUGCUGCAACUACUGUGUGCGCUCUAAUGCAGCACGAGCAAGUUGCCAGCCUCAUGAUCGCAUCCGGGGUGAUGGUCAGCAUGACAACAAUGUGCUGCUUUUGUUUGAACUUCAAGAGGAAGCGCAUUGUGGACUGGGAGGUGCCACACGACCAGCUUCAUCGUUUCGCGGCCAAAUGGACCAAGAAGCAUGGCGCUCUGCUUCGCUUCCAUUUCAUGGAGAAAGGGCCAAGUUUCUUCAUCCUUACGCCUCCAGAGGCGGGCACCAGUGGUGCUGCUUAGAGUCAGAUUCCUUGGUCGUUCAUCGCAGGAUCCUUUGGCCCAAUCUCGGAGCUACCUGCACGAUGCAUGCAUUUUGGAUAGGUCUGUGGUCUUUCCUUGUUUAGAGCUUACCAAGGGCACAAGUCCGGCUUUCUUUAACCCACCAAAGAGUGAGGUGCGCUGUAUACAGACCACACUGAGAGUUCACCUGUGUGACAGCCCAAAGGACUGUUCACAGCUGGCAAGAUUAAUCAAGCCUCGGCCGGC